UACGGAGAAGCUGGGCGGCAGCGAGUCAAGACAGGGCGGCUUCCUUCUUGGCCGAAGCUUGUCUCGACACCGCCGCGGCCCUUGAUUGCCAUCGCCGAGCUGAAGAGGCCGACAGCGACGACUACGACAGCGGAGGCGGCUCGGCGGGAGCAGGCGGAAUGGCGCGGCAGGGCAGCCGGGGGGGCGCCGAGAGCAAGAAGAUGAGCUCGGAGCUCUUCACUCUGACCUAUGGGGCUCUGGUCACUCAGCUGUGCAAGGACUACGAGAACGAUGAAGAUGUCAACAAGCAGCUCGACAAAAUGGGCUACAAUAUAGGCGUUCGACUUGUUGAAGACUUCCUGGCGCGAUCCAACGUAGGGAGAUGUCACGACUUCCGAGAAACUGCAGAUGUAAUUGCCAAGGUGGCGUUUAAAAUGUACUUGGGUAUCACGCCGAGCAUCACAAACUGGAGUCCAGCAGGAGAUGAAUUCUCCCUUAUCUUGGAAAACAACCCAUUGGUGGACUUCGUGGAGCUGCCUGACAACCACUCAUCUCUUAUUUACUCUAACCUUUUGUGUGGAGUGCUUCGGGGAGCCCUGGAAAUGGUUCAGAUGGCUGUGGAUGUCAAAUUUGUCCAAGACACAUUAAAAGGGGAUGGAGCCACAGAAAUAAGGAUGAAAUUUAUCAGGCGGAUUGAAGACAAUCUUCCUGUUGGAGAGGAAUGAGUCCCAGAGCAGCCUCCAUACUGAACUAGAGAGGACGAAUCAGCUCCACCUGGGAUUCGUCCGUGCAUAGUGACUUCUGUACGUUCAGAUGCUCUGACUGGUUAAGAUGAUGGUCUACUUUAUUUCCUUAGGAAGCAACUAUUUGAAUUCUCCUCUGUUAUUUCCACAGAUUUGUAUUAAAGGCCUUUGUAGGGUGUAGGACACUUUUCAUACUCAUCAGAGACGCAAGCACCCGUUUCUAGUUUCCAUGUUUGGCUCCAUGCAAAUAUAUAGGAUAUUAAAACCAUGUAAUUUUGAAAUUUGGUACCAGAAUGAGAUCCCGACCACAGAUGCCGUUCUUGUCUUGAGCAUAUGAAGAGCAUCCACUUUGCCCCACCCCCACCCUUUCCUGCUCAUUGGGGUGGGGGCCCAGAAUCCACAUGUACCUAUGGGGAACAAGUAGCCAUUUCUUGAUUGCACAGAAGGCAGUAUAUAAGUUGAGAUUCUUAGAGGAGCAAGUUCAGUCUUUCUGUUUCAGUUUUGCUGUUAAGAAAAUGAUCUUAUUUUAACAAGUGCGUAACAUCUCUUAAUUCUUUGCAAAACAAGAGCCCUGUCCAUUUAAAGCAGUCCGGGCAGUGGCCUUGGUAUGAAUAAUCUCAUUCCAGUCCACUGGAGAGCCUGAAGGAGACUUGGCAACAGCCUGCUGUCCGAGUCUAGCAGAACAGAAUCGCCUGGAUGCUUUCCAUCUUCCUAAUGUGUCCAAUUUAAAUGGCUGGGCCAAGUAGUCUCAUUACACCGUGAGCAUGCAGUGUUCAAGGUUUCACUAUUGAACUAGUGUCAGAAAACGCUUCCAAGCUGCCAUCAUCUGCGAGUUCCUUCCUUGCAGCAACCUAUUGAUGAGUUGUUAAAUACAAGCUUCCUUUCUGAAAGAUCCGGGUAGGCAAGGCUUCUGAGUUGUUGCAACUGGCUUAGAUGCUAAGAGGAUACAGUUAAAGUUGGAGCAUCUAACUUAUCCCAUCCUCCCCUUAGGAGGCAAGUGUUCUCAGGACUGUGGAAAAAAGAUUAUAAUGGGCAGUCUUGCCUAGGUGGAUCAGUGUGCUAAGGUUUGUUUGCUGGAUCACUGAAAGGAUAUUGGGGAAUGCUCUAGGAUUUUUUAGUAGGGAAACAUGAAUGGCAAAAUCACUCAGGAAUUAAGUACGCGGCCUGGGUUUCAUGCCACUGGCUGUGUUGAGGGGAGAUUCCGUCUGUGUACAUCCUGAAGCUCUAACAUUUCUAUCAAACAAGAUAGUUACUACUUCAGAAAUCUUGUUUGGCUUGAGUAUGCUGUGGAGAAAUCCCAGGUUCAAAACAGAAGCUUCCAUCUUCCUUGAAGAGGCACGAUGGACCCAUUAGUAAUACCUUUCCUCAUUUGGAAUAACGGAGUGCAUUUGACACAAUCUGACGGUUGUGUUCUGCAGAGUGAAGAAUUGAACUUCGGCCGCUGCUUCUCCAGAAUAGUGAGGCCUUUUCUCAAUGGCAUGUUGAUGACACUUUCCUAGUCCUUUUCAGUGGUUCAUCGCAGCUGAAUACAGCAGCACUAACCCCUCAGAGUCUAGCAGUUAGAGGAAAUGCUGUUUUGCCCUGGACUGACUUUUACCAGAUUUGUAGUGUGUAUUGCAGAGAUGGUACAGGAAAAGGGAGGUGGGGUUUCUGCAUUGUGAGAAAUGACUAUCAAAUGUUAAAAUCUUCAAUGAAAACUCAAUAUUCCAGUUUCUGAAGAAUUUAUUCCUCCACUUGGAGGAAGGGUCCAGCACCCCCAAAAAGCAUUUUCACAUUGUUCCUUCUGUGGUACUUUUGAAUGUGUAAAAACAGAGUUGCACUAAUCCAUAGCUGAUGGGUGAAUUGGUGUAUAUAACUUAAACUUUAUUUGUUGUAUAAGGGGUCACUCAUGUAUUUUCCACUUGUAAAGCUUUUGAAGGCAACAUUUUAAACUCUUAAUUAAAGAAGCUGUAACUAUC